AUGGAACUCUACAAUGAAUACGCACCUAACUCUCUGAGGCUGCUCGACCGACCCGCAUCGAGCAGGAAUGGAUCAGUUUCCCAUAUGCAGAUUCUGCGCCUGCGUCAAAUGGGAACCCAAGGAGACGUCCUAGCAGAUGGACGUACAGAUGCUGUACAUGUUCUCCAGCGGGGUGCUGCUGACUCAGCAUCGCGGCAAGGGUGGGAGAUGACGCCAGGGGCCCAACUACCAGAGCUCCCUGGACACGUAUUGGAAGGUCUUCCGUCUGGUCUACGAGAGGGAGCUGCUGGAGAAGAUCGACGGGGAGACGUCAGCGAGGGUGGUCGAUAA